GCUGUUGCUCCACAAGGGGGGGCUGCAGGAUAUAUGCUUUAGUGCCCAAUUGCCUGCCUUCAAACACUGGAUCCAGUUUGUGUGGACAGAGCGGGCGAGGAGAGGAAGACUCCUACUGCCUCGACACGCACCGAGAGAACACCCGACCCGAGCCUGGGCUACACUCACCGCAUACCUCCCUGGAGCCUUCACACACCACUUCAGGACUUUUUAUCCGGAAAACUGGACAACCAUUACUACUUGCGGGCUGGAUUAAAUAAUAAACAUUUGGGGAACAGAGUAACAUUAUGAGAAGUGACAGAACAGACACACAUUAACAGGAUCCGCUGUGAAUUUAUGGAUGCUUGUUGCUUUUUUCGGGCACCUCUCUUCCACUGGAGCAAACAGACCUUCUUUUGUGUCAUUGUUCAAACAGAUAUUGCCUGUUGAAAGAAUGAAUACACCGAACUUAUUCUGAACAAGUUGGAGGAAUAGUCGAAGGCUUUUAAUGUGCAGACAAGCAGAUGGGACAUGGCAACUUUUUGGAGAUCUCUGUGAGGGCGUCUGGCAUCAUGGACAGCAAACUAGAUCAUUGAGCCGAAGUUCCCUCUCAUCCUGAGCUGUCGGUUCAGACGGUUCUGCAAACAUCUGAGAAUAUCAGCUAGUUUACAAAACGAGGCUGUUGAUCUUACAUUAACAAGAAAAGGUGCCCAAUAAGAGAUAUCUUCAGCCUCACACUUUUCUGCACACUGUUCUGCCGUUUACAGCCAUGAUAUCAAAAUUCUUCCGGAAUUGUUUAUCGCUGGUCCUACUUUUCCCUCUUCAACUGUUGUGGCUGGACAUGCUCAACGCUGCCCCCUCUGGUCCGGAGUCUGAUAUCUGCUCCACACUGGUCCAGAGCCGCUUCUUUGGAUUCUUCCUCUCGUCCUCUGUAUUUCCUAGCACACCCUGCUCCUGGACCCUGCAGAACCCCGACCCACGGCGCUACACCAUCUUCAUCAAGGUCACAAAACCAACCAGAGACUGCAUUUCCAGACAGCACCGGACCUUCCAGUUUGACUCCUUCUUGGAGACGACACGAACCUUUCUCGGGAUGGAGAGCUUCGACGAGGUGGUGAAGCUGUGUGAUGCCUCUACCCACGUUGCCUUCCUGGAAGCUGGAAAACAAUUCCUGCAGAUCCGGAAAGGGCUGCCCAGAGCGGGUGCCGGGUCCAGGAAUGGUGAUGGGGAAUUUAAGGUGGAGUAUCUCGUGGUUGGGAAGCGUAACCCCAGCAUGGCUGCCUGUCAAAUGCUGUGCCAAUGGUUGGAGGACUGCCUGACCUACAGUACCUCCAGCCGGCCCUGUGGCAUCAUGCAGACACCAUGCCAAUGUUGGGACCAGUCCCCGCCGGACAAAGACACCAAUGGAUGCUACUUGGAGAACUGCAUCCCUGUUGUGAAAAAAGGAACAGCUGACACUAGCGGUGGCUGGAGUGGGUGGGGCAACUGGGCGGAGUGCAGCAGUGAAUGUGGAGGUGGAGUCCAGACGCGUACACGCACCUGUCAAUCACCACCUGAGGAGGCGUACUUGUGCGAGGGUGUUCUGGAAGAAGGUCAUCCCUGCAAUGCUCAGCCAUGCAUCGGCUACAGGCAGUAUUCCUCUAAAGGCAAGGGUUUAAGUCCAGUGAAAUACAAAGGAAUGCAAGAAGCCAUGCUUGGCAGAGGCCGACUUGGCACUCGUAGCCAAUCCCUGCGCUCGGUGGACAGCCGUAAACGAGAGGACUCUGAUAAGACCCGCAGCGGACAGCAGUCAUCCCAAACAGUGGAUCCUCCGUCGGGUGGGGAGUGGUCUGCGUGGAGCGCGUGUUCGACCACGUGCGGUGAGGGCUGGCAGAGCCGCACACGCUUAUGUGUCUCCGUGCCGUACAGCACGCAGUGCAGCGGGCCGCUGCGUGAACAGAGACCCUGCAAUAACACUGUUGUAUGUCCAGCCACUCUGAUUACAGUACAUGGGUCGUGGGAUGAGUGGACUCCAUGGAGCUUGUGUUCUUCAACGUGCGGCCGUGGGUACAGAGACCGUACCCGCUCCUGCAAGCAGCCACAAUUUGGAGGAAACCCCUGCGACGGUCCGGAGAAACAGACCAAAUUCUGCAACAUUGCUGUAUGCCCAGUGGAUGGCGUGUGGAAUGAGUGGUCCAGCUGGAGUUCCUGUUCCUCGUCCUGUUCAAAUGGAACAAUGCAGCGCACUCGGGAGUGUAAUGGGCCCUCGUAUGGGGGCCUGGAGUGUCAGGGCGAGUGGCGUCAGACAAGAGACUGCUUCCUCCGAGAGUGUCCUGUGGAUGGCCAAUGGCAGCUCUGGAGUUCUUGGGCUGGUUGUACCAAAACAUGUGGUGGAGGAAGCCAGCAAAGACAGAGGGUGUGUUACGGUCCAUUUUUUGGGGGGGAGCCAUGCCCAGGGGACAGAGAGGAAGUUAGCCGUUGCAAUGAGAAGAGAUGUCCAGAGCCGCAUGAAAUCUGUGACGAGGAGAAUUUCUCUAACGUAGUGUGGAAGAAAACUCCUGCAGGAGACACUGCAGCUGUCCGCUGCCCUCCGAAUGCUGUAGGACUAAUUCUUCGGCGAUGUUCGUUGGAUGAUGAGGGCAUUGCCUACUGGGAGAACCCAACAUACUUGAAAUGUGUCUCAAAUGACUACCGAAGUAUCCAAACACUGACCAGAGAUCACCUGUCCAAGGCUCAACGAGGGCUUGUGGGAGAUGGGGUCUCUGAAGUCAUGACCAAGCUGAGGGUGACGUCAAGUGAUGGAACAAGCUACAGUGGAGACCUUCUGGCUAUCAUAGAUGUACUGAAAAACAUGACGGAGAUAUUUAGGAGGUCCUACUACAGCCCCAGUAAUGCAGACAUGAGGAAUUUUGUGCAGUCAGUGAGUAACUUACUGAUGGAAGAAAACAGGGACAGGUGGGAGGAAGCACAACUGCUGGGGCCCAACGUUAAGGAGCUUUUUCGUGUAGUGGAGGACUUUUUGGACGUCAUCAGUCUCCGCAUGAAGGACUUCCAGGAUACUUAUGAGGUCACCGACAAUCUGGUGUUGAGUAUUCACAAGCGGCCUGUCGCAGGAAAUGCAGAUAUCACUUUCCCCAUGAAGGGGUGGAGGGGGAUGGUGGACUGGGCUCGCAACUCUGAGGACAAAGUCAGAGUGGCUAAAGACAUCCUGGUCACUGGAAAACCAGAUGAAGAUGACACCUCAGCAUUUGUAACUGGCAUUGUACUGUACAGAAACUUGGGCAGUAUUCUCUCUCUACAGAGAAAUAGCACAGUGCUGAACUCCAAGGUGAUCUCUGUGACAAUCAAACCCAUUCCUAGCUCCCUCUCAACUCCACUAGAGAUUGCGUUCUCACACCUAUACAAUGGUACCACAAACCAAACCUGCAUUUCCUGGGAUGAAAAUGACAGCUCUUCGUUGCUGGGCUCCUGGUCUGCGCGAGGCUGUAGAGCGGUGCCCGUCGACUCCAGCACAACUAAAUGCUUGUGUGACAGACUCUCCACCUUCGCCAUUUUAGCACGCCUCAAUCCCGAUGUGAACAUGGAUAAGACCCAGCUUCCAUCUGUGACUCUGAUCGUGGGCUGCGGGGUCUCGUCCCUCACCCUGCUCCUCCUCAUCAUCAUCUAUGUGUCUGUUUGGAGGUACAUCCGCUCAGAACGCUCUGUCAUCCUCAUCAACUUUUGUCUGUCCAUCAUCUCCUCCAAUGCACUCAUACUCAUCGGACAAACUCAGACACGGAACAAGGUUGUUUGUACUCUUGUGGCUGCAUUUCUGCACUUCUUCUUUCUGUCCUCUUUCUGUUGGGUUCUCACGGAGGCAUGGCAGUCUUACAUGGCCGUGACAGGCCGUCUUAAAAACCGCAUCAUACGCAAACGUUUCCUCUGCCUUGGUUGGGGUUUACCUGCUCUCGUUGUAGCAAUUUCUGUUGGAUUCACCAAGGCAAAGGGAUAUGGCACUGUUAACUAUUGCUGGCUGUCUCUGGAAGGUGGACUGUUGUACGCAUUUGUGGGACCAGCUGCUGCUGUCGUCUUGGUACAAUUUCUCUCUCUGUUUGAAUUAUUCACAGAAAUAUUCUGUCCCUCAUUUUCAGAUUCAAUUGUGUUGAUUUGACUUUGCAGUCAGAUGACAGUGCCACUGUACAAUAUGACGCUCAAAUGUGCCAAGUGCGGAGUUAUCUCGUCGGCUGACGUUUCCACCACAGCUACCAGUAAUGCCAUGGCGUCGCUGUGGAGCUCCUGCGUUGUACUGCCACUGCUGGCUCUCACUUGGAUGUCGGCGGUCCUGGCAAUUACUGACCGCCGUUCAGCCUUGUUUCAGAUCCUUUUUGCCGUCUUUGACUCCCUCGAGGGCUUCGUUAUCGUGAUGGUGCAUUGCAUCCUACGCAGAGAGGUACAAGAGGCAGUAAAGUGUCGUGUUGUUGACCAUCAAGAAGAUGGAAACGGUAACUCUGGUGGAUCUUUCCAGAACGGCCAUGCUCAGCUGAUGACUGACUUUGAAAAGGAUGUGGACAUGGCUUGCCGAUCAGGCACCCUAAAGCGUUCCUCCCAACUAGGUGAGGAGAAGGUAGCUUCACAGCAGAUCACGGUACAGAAAGGCUCCAACUUCAACACCCUUCCUGCCAGCAUGGCAAAGGUCCACCUGCAAAACGUUGCUGACUACGCCAGCCACACUCUCACCAUGCGUCGUGAAAAAAGCGCCAUUGCCGGGGUCAGUACAGAGCUACCCGGAGCCAAAUCUAUUUACAUCUGUGAUGGCGAGCUCUUCAAGCAACUGGAUGGAACCCCGGGAGACACCAGUGGUCCCGAAGGAGGAGGAGGAGGGUCGGGCCAGGGUUACGUGCUCUUGCCCAACAACAACAACACACUUAGGCCCACAAAGGGCAGCAAGGAGGACCAAGCCACAAAGUACAACAUCAGCAUCGAACAGUUACCCCAGACCAGGCUCAUCCAUCUGGCCAACCCUGCUGGCACCGAUCCUGUGCCAGGCUUUGGGUUGAAGACCCUGCCCACCGAGCGAGUCAGCAUUUCCUGCUCAGAGAGGGACUCCCCUGUGCAGACAGUGCAGAACAUCUCCGGCGAGUCCCAGAUGACAAACACAUGUGAGCAAGGGGACUCUGGGAACUCUGGCAUGAUGUCUAAGAGUGAGACCAUCUCAACACUGUCUAUGAGCUCUUUGGAGAGACGAAAAUCACGCUAUGCAGAGUUGGAUUUUGAGAAGAUCAUGCAUACACGGAAGCGCCACCAGGACAUGUUCCAGGACUUAAACAGGAAACUGCAGCAUGCAGAGAAGGACAGGGAUUCACCCCCAGUGGACGGGAAGACUGGGAAGAGAUGGAGCGUGUCAUCAGGAGGCAGCGAUAAAACCAAUCUUAGUGACAAGCAGCAGACCCCCAGUAAGCGGGUAUGGGAGGGCAUCAGGAAGACCCACUCGCCACCAUCAUGGGUGCGUAAGGAGCUGGAACCUCUACAGGCCUCUCCUCUUGAGAUGCAAGCGGUGGAGUGGGAGAAGGCCAGCGCCACCAUCCCUCUGGUGGGCCAAGAGAUCAUGGACCUGCAGACGGAGGUCUGAGAGACCCCCAGAGCAUUCAGAGAAACAGAACAAACUUUACUCGCAUGGAAAAGGGACAAAGAGAGGGAAUGAGAUUGGAGUGAGAGUGCGGACAAACAAAAGUAUGCAAGAAAGAGAGUGAAAGCAACAUGGCUGUGCAAUUUUUAUUUGUGUUGUAGUUGUUGUUGUUUUUUUGUAAUCCUGGAAUGGCCUUUUCCUUAAUGUCAAAGUGAAUCAUAACACUUUCGAAAAUCCAGGUCUGAGCCUGUUGCUAUGGUAAUGAGCUGGCACUACCAAGAACAGCUGAACUGGGCAAGUUGAGUGCUGACCUGGGAUGUUGCCAUGGGAACAUUGGGAUUGACUGACUGAAGGGAAGGACUGGAAUUCAGACUAAGAGCAGAUGAGCCUUAGGGAGUGGCCUUCAAUUUCUUACACACCUGGAUACACACACACACAUAUUUGUGAUCAUGUCCCAUUUAUGGAAGAGUGAGAAGUAGCUCUAUGACAGAAAGCUCUCAAACUGUCCGGCAGGAAUCAGGUGAACUACACGUCAUUCAAAAUCAAAUUCUUGAAUAUUAUUAGUCUUACCAUCAUUGUUAUUGAUCAGUGUGACACACAACAUGCAUAUGCUUGGGGCACUAGAGGCGACGUGAUUGCCCAAAGCCAUUUGACUGUUAACCUGUCUCAAACGCCCUUCCGAGCAAGUACAGCCUACAGCUUAGCCACUCUGCUGUCCCGUGCACCGCACCGACCUGCGGAUCCUUCAAAAGUCAGUCAACAACGUGAGAUUCAGCUUGAAAGCGGGUCGGCGGUCCAGUUGGAGGGAUCAUGGGAACCCACACGUUUUCAUUCGCUUGAUGUUUCCAUCAGGAUCACUGGAGCUGAGAGACCUGAAACAAACUGCUGAGUCUCAGAAUAAGUGCAGAAUCAUGUUUGAAAGAGAAAACGGAGAUGAAUAUGAAUAUAUAAAUAUAUAUAUAUUAUAAAUAGUCUUAUAUAUGAAACUGCAGAGGGGUGUUAUUCUCUGGUUAGGUUGUGGUCGCACACAGAGAAAGCACAAGACUCACUCCUCAGAGUCCUGUUGUACAGCAUUGUAAUUAUUUCCAGAAGAGUUCUACAAAAUGAAUUUUAGCCUAUAAAUAUCUUUCUUACUGUGCUUGGGGAAUAUUGUUAUCCUUAUUAUAGAUAUCAUUGCGAUUCUGAGAUCCCCCCUCCAAAUCUCAUCGGGUUACUGGACUAUAUCAGUGUUCUGUAACAUCAUGUAACGGUGUGUCUUUCGGUAUCACUGACUGUCAUUCCAGAUGAUACGUACUUGCCUGAAUUCCCCACCAUGAACCCCCUGCCCUACUCCUUCUCUUCCUCUCCCUGCUUUUCCACACAUCUUUUUUUAAGUUCACUGGGGUUUCUUUGUUAUUGUACAGUUUUCA